GGGGGAGGGGUGAGGCAAUGCAGGCAGGACAGAGCAGGCCCUCGGCUCUCGUCCUACGCUGCUGCGCGAACUUGCUUUUUCCUCUUGCCUUCGCUUUGGUCCCUCCCUCCUUCCUACCUCCCUACUCGUCGCCUAUUCCGAGCAGAGCCAAGUCGGGGCCAGGCACUGUAGUAGGCUUCUAGCAGUGUGGCGAUUGAGUUUGUGUCUGUCUGUCGAUUGAUUCAAAGAAAUAUCAGUGUGUAUCCUCGUAUCGUAUCCUCCCCGGCCUUGCUUGGCUUGGGCUUCGCUUCGUCUCGCCUCGCCUCCCCCCCCCCCCCCUCCGUGCCGGAUUUAGUUCCCAGUUGGUAAUUUCAGACAUCAAGAGAAAAAGGAAAGAAUUCUACUCUGCUGCCAUUACUACGAAAGCGGAAGAAGAAGACGAAGAAGCGCUCGAGAAAGAGGAAAUACCAGGCAAGCCUCAUUCGUUCGUCCCUUCAGAGAGAAGGAGAGAGAGGGAGGGAGAGAGCCAGCGAUCAUCAGCAUCACGCAGUCUGUCCGAGCUCACACGGACAAGGCCAGCCGGCCCGGACGAACCACCAGACGAGAGAGAAUCGGUGUCGUGAGGAAUGAUAAGUGGAUGGUUUUAGAGGUUGCCGUUGAUGUUCAAGCGGGAGGAAGAGGGCGAGGAAGACGAGGAAGGGGGAUCCUUCAGUGACAAGGUUUGAAUUCCCACGGUGUUCCUCCAUGUUCGAAGCGAGGAGGGCGAGUAUGGAGCAGGCGAGAUGGCAGACGCUGGAGGCUGCCAAUCGGGGCCUGAUGGAGAUUGAGCACAGUAUGAGUGGAGGAGAGUUUUUUUCUUCUUAUCUGGAUAGUUUCAAAGCAGGCGGACAGGCGCAGUGCACGACAGUGUGGACGAAAACGACGAUCGCCUAUCGAUGCCGGACAUGUCAAGUGAAUGAUUCUAGUGCUAUCUGUGUGAGCUGCUUCCAGGCUGGUGAUCAUCGCCAUCAUGAUUAUGUCAUGUACCAUAGUGAUUCAGGUGGCUGUUGUGAUUGUGGAGAUCCUGCUGCUUGGAAAGAAGAAGGAUUUUGUAGUGUUCACCGGAGCUCCAGUUUACACAAAGAGCUUACAAUUCCCGCCCAUCUCAACGAGGUCACAAGUAAAGCAGUUGAGCUCGUCCUGAAAGAGCUCUGUAUCUGGGUGGAGAUAAUUAUGGAUGCAAAAAUCUCAGACAGGUCCUAUCAAAGUUCUCCAUUCAAAGUAACGAUGGCUGAGGUUUACGUUAAGUGGUUACAAAAGAUAUGCUCAGUUGCUGCACUACGCAACAUUGUGGUUGUAGAGAUAACCAGUGUACAUUCUGAUGUGGCCUCCAUGUUACGAAACGAUAGAACACGCAAUCGCUCUUUUUUGGAAAUCUUAUUGUCAACAUAUGGCAGAAUGCCGGAUAGUCUGAUGGAAGCUGAAACGACCUUAUUUUUGCAAAUGCUCUAUGAUCAACAAUUCAAAGACACAUUUUCUCGGGCAUUGAUGAGGCAUUAUUCUGGUUUGAUAGAACCAGCUGCUAUCACUCCCAAACUGCUGGGAGAAUACAAAGCUCUUGAUCAGAGUUUAGACAGAGUUAUGGUGCAACUUUUUAAUGUACCAGAGAUCACGUUAAAUCUCAUACAGACAGAUCGGCUCCUUGAAAGCUUCACAUCUGUGUUGGGUUCAGUUCUUAGCCAUUGUACUAGCAGAAGGGAUGGCACUAUCGAUGUCGAUCAUCAUGCCAUUAAAGGGAAGGUUUACGGGCGACCUCAAGGGGACUUGAAAUUGAUAGUUGCACAUGAAUCGGUUGCAUUUCAUGUUUUAAAAGAGCGACCUGACGUUUUCCGAAACAUUCUAUCUACGUUGUCCUUACUACAGUGGAUGAAUCCGUAUUCUAGAUCUGAGACAGUUGGCCUCAAAGGGCAGGAGGCCUGGACUGCAGCUAUUACCCUUGAGAUGAAUACUAUGACCAUCCCUUUUGGGCUGAUAGGACGAUGCUUCUCAGGCUUUCCAGGAAAUGAAGAAGCUGUGAAAAGCGCCCUCAUAUCUGCAGCUUGUGUUGCAAUGGGCUCAUUACGAGAGUUUUUGACAAAGGUCGAAACAAGUCAAAGUUCUGAGGAGAAGUUGUCACUCCAUAUUCCUCUCCACCGUGUUCUUUCUGCAGUCAUAAGUAAGCUCGUCAUGUUGCCUUGGAGGGAGACUGGUCAAGGUUUUCUGGACAAUUUGCAACCAGCUUUGACAGAAGCUGAGGUGCUAGCUUUAAUGGAUCAUCCUCUUAGGGUGGUUGUAUGGAUGGCAGAGAUUCGUGCCCAUAUGUGGCAAAGAAGUUCUGAGGAUUUCUCCCGCUUAGAACUUAUUUACCGCGGAAGCAUUUGGCAUGAUCAGUCAAUGGAUAUGGACAUUUUGAUGCUGCAAUUUUGUUGUGUUGCCGUAGAAAACAUGGGGCAAUCCGUGAUCUCGAUGAUGGCAAAAAAGUUUGGUCUUCUUGACAUGGUCACCAUGCCUGUGUUGGAUUCCGGAGGAGAUAGUAGAGAGUCAACAUUAGCCAAAAUAUCGAUGCUACAAGACUUUUUGCGAUUGCUUUUGCUGAUUAUCCGAGAGCGCAGGAAUACUGGGAUGUUUGAGAGAGAAAGUCUGAGGUAUGAUGUCAUCCAAUGGCUUUGCGUGCGGGAUCAGACAUAUUCACAGCUUGCUUACACUUUGGGGGGAAACCUUAUUGACCAAACGAGAUUGAGCUCCGUACUGCAAGAAGUAGCAAUCUAUAAUAUUCCAAAGGUGCAAGAACGAGGGUUCUAUCAGUUGAAACAGGAAUGUUGGAAGGAGUUCGAUCCACUGUUUGCUCACUUCUAUGCUAAUGAUCUUGAAGAGGCCCAGGAACGUGCUAUUAGUGUUGGAAAGCUUCCGCACUACUGGCGUCUUCAGCCUCCAAGAGAAGUCAAGCCACCAUUCAACAGACUCAUCAAGAUAUUGCAUACGCAGGCGUGCCAUCAGCUUACAUGGAAUGUGCUCCAUAGUGUCACCAAUCUCAUCCAAGAUGAAGCGACUGCGACAUCUGCUGAAGCGCUUGGUGUUAUGUCCCUUCAGAUUCUAGAGAUGGCUCUAGCUGAUAUCCGGGAUGGAGGGUUGACGCCUCAAAACGUGCCAAUGACAUCUCAAAGUUGGCAAGUACAAUCUUCUUCGAUGGUGCAUUGCAGUGACAUCUCCGACUUCAUAUAUGCAAAGCCACACAUCAGUUCUGUUUCGGGUGUCGUCGAGUGGAAGCGAAGAGAUUCUACAUCUAGCCACCCAAGUAUAUAUGAGAUGCUGAUUAGUUUGCAGAGAUAUAAAGAUUCAUUUCGUUUGGUAGACUCUGCAAAUCACGUGAUACAGUUACAGUGUUCCUACUCCAUCACAAAAUCUGGCUCCGACUCCUGUCGCUCACAAGUUUUUGAUGUGUACAUUGAUGACGAACGGAGGAAGUUAAAAAAGAAACGUCAGGAAGCGAUUCUCGCAGAUUUCAAAGCCAGGCAAAAAGCUUUUCUCGAUCAAGUGUACCAUGAAGAGGAUUCAAAUGAGGUCAAAGCAAAAGAAGAUGCAGGGACUCCUGUUUUUGAAGAUAGCAAACCUCAAGAAUUCAGCACAGCUGGAGGAGGUUCAUCUUGGGCGGUUCCGGGAGACAAAACCCCUUCAAAGGAUGCUGAUCAAGAGAAGGAGCGACAUGAAUGUGCAUUUUGUCGGAGUGAGUGUGAUGGUGAUGAGUCGCCAACAGGUUGGAUUGCUCUUGUACAACGUUACAACUUGCCAAGCCUCAUCCACAGUCGAGGCGAAGUUGUACGUAGCAUCAAAGAAGUUACAAGUCUGCUGUCUGGUAACCAUCAAUCCGAAGGCAGUGAUGGCAAUGUACCCGGUUUGCUGACAGUUGUUACCGAAUCUUCUCCGAAUGAUGCAUCAGUAUCAGGACCUCUCGACCUCCAUCCAACUGAGCAUGUUCGAUGUUGUGGUCACCAGAUGCAUCAGAUGUGUUUUCAGCGUUAUGCUGACUCUCUUCUGAAAAGACAUUAUGCUAAAAGUACUUACGAAGGAAAGGGCAUCAUCGACCUAGGAAAGAUGGACUUUCUUUGUCCUUUCUGUCGGCGUUUAGCCAAUGUACUCCUUCCAGAUGUGAACAAGGUUGUUCCUUGGGCGAGAUUGGAGACCAAACAAGAACUGCAUAAGAAAGAAGCUCUUCAAGAUAAAGAGAACCAGACGGAUGAAGAGUUGGCUUAUUUCAGUUUGGAGGGUCUUAUCCCUCAUGGCUCGAGUGAGCACUUUGAGGACAUGCAAUAUUGGAAACAUUAUUGGAGCACACAUCAAGAUCUAGCUGAAUCUAUAAGAAUCUUUGCUGCACAGAGUUUAAGAGUAAGGAAGAAAUUUCUCCGAGAACCUCCAGACUUGGAUGGUCUUCCGCUUUGUCAGAUACUGUGGGAAACGCUCGCCGAAAACAUCAUACAUUGUGAAGUUGAAACCCGGGAAGUGGUUACAGUGAAAGAUAUAGCAGCGUCUUCCUCGUCUUCGGCCUCUGCUUCUCCUGCGGAAAACCUAUCUUGGAGAGGUGACGCUGCACACUGGUUAGGUCUUACGGAGCUUGGCAAGUUGGCGAUGCUAACGAAUACAAUGCCUUGUGAAGGAAAGCAGAAAAAAAUGCACCUUCUUCUUCAGUGGCUUGGAUUUGAUGAAAAUGUGAUCAAACAACGUUUUGAAGAUGAUAUCGAAACUCCAGCGAAUACAACGCAGGUUGACUCUUUGUCAGGGAGCGCGGUUGGUGAUAUCAGUCAGCACAAUCAAAGUGGGGAAGAAGUCAUUGAAAAGGCCGAGUCAAUGGUAAUGGAGACAGCAAACGAGAAGAGUACCGACGAGUCUCGGUCGCCCCGAGGCCAUAAGAAUUAUUGGGAAAGUGGCAGCGACGAUUACAGAUCUAAGAGAAACAGAGCUCGUUUCAAAUUUGCCGGUGCAGACGACAAUGAAGUGGGCUGGAGACUGCAGAAAAAACAUAAUCUAGGAAAAGUUUUGGAAUCGUCAGAACCCAUGGACAUUGGAUGGCUGUGGAGCAACUCAAAAGCCUCGAAAAGUGGAUCUCUAGCAUCAGGGGAUCCCUUUGAGCUUCUAAUUAUGCUCCUGGUUACAUUUGAAGGUUGGCCUACAUUCCAAGAUUUGAUGGCAAUGGUAAGGGUGGCAUAUGUUCUUGCUGCUACAAAAGCUUCUGUCGCUUUUAACAAGCUGAGCGGGGAAGAUGAGAACAAGUUGGUUGCCAUGGACAAGGCAAAGAUUGAAGUAUUGCAGGCUGCCUGUCUACCGUUUCUACGGAGAGUUGCCUUAAUGGUCCAAAUAAUUGCGCGAAAGGAAACCCGGGAGCUAGCUAAUGGACAAGCAAUAGAAUGGAUGGAAUCUGAGUGCUUGCAACAAUGGUUGGAUCUCCCGAAGAUUCAAGAAGCUGUUGAACUCGGCAUGCAAGGUAUACAUGGGGUGAAAAUGCAACAGCUUUUUCAAAACAACCAGCCCGCACCAUUGCUAUAUAAAGUUCCUCGACAGGCACUACUUACAAAGCUACCCGAAGUUUUCCAGGAGCUUGUGCUACAAAAUCUGAAGGUAGCUUGCUUAAAUUGCCACAAAACACCACACGAACCAGCAAUAUGUCUUGUUUGUGGGAAUCUCUUCUGCUGCGGAACAGAUUGUUGUAACAUUGAUGGCAUGGGUGAAUGUUACCGUCACGCAGAUAAAGAGAGCGCAGGUGUUGGAAUAUAUUUACUGAUACGCUCAACACAGCUUGUUCUCCUUCGCAGCAACCGCGUUUGCAUGGCUCCCUCUCUAUACCUGGAUCUACAUGGAGAGGAAGAUGCAUACUUGAAAAGAGGGCAUCCAUUGCAUCUUUGUCACCUUCGUUUGAAUGAGGUUAGGCGACUGUGGUUAACAGCGUCCUUUGACCACGAAACUCAUAUUCUACAUUCAUCUCAAAUUGGAGGCAGAGUCCUAUAAAAUCUUUUUUAAGGAUGUAUGUAUUGCUUGUAUAAACAGUCAGUAGAAUGUUAAAUAGACAAGGGUGAACUACGUGGAUGUACUGCGGCCCGAUCUAGCCACGUGGAGACGUCAAUUGGAGGGCCUAGUAACCUGGAACACACACAACUUUAGUAAAUUAGAAGUGCACACUGAAUGGGAGGAGGUUUUCUGUGAAAAGGUGGUGGUUCUGGUACUGCCUUCAAGAAACCAUUUUAGUAAAGCCCUCCAAUCCCACUUCAAUACAUGUAAGCAGAAAUUAUUAUUUGGAGCACCAAAUGCUCCUUUGGAAUAAGACUCCGGAUCAUCCUCAAAUGCUUUU